AUGAAUAAAUGGGUCACAAAAUGGAUAAAGAUAUAUUUGAAAUGUUUUAUUAACUUGAUCUUAUUUCAUAGGAACGUGUACCCGUCAGUUUCUUUUGAUUUUACGACAUAUCAAGCAUUUAACCUACCCCAAUUCAUACCCAUUAACAGACACCCCGAUUUACAAGAAUACAUUGAGGAACUGAUCCUGGAUGUUAUUAGUAAAUUGACCCACAUUUAUCGGUUUUGUAUUUGUAUCAUUGAUAAAGAAAAUGGAUUACGUAUAGAGAAGUAUGUCUUAGAUUUUGGUGAAUUUCAACAUCAACAAAGUAAUGAACAAGAUGAUGAUGUAAUUAAUGAGACUGAAGUAUUUGAUGAGUUUCGAUCCAGCUUGAAUAGUUUGAUUAGUCAUUUGGAGAAGUUAAAUGCCAUUAAGGAUGAUGCCGUCAGUUUUGAAGUUGUCAUUAAUGCCAUCGAUUUAGAACUAGGACAUAGAGGAAUGGAAAAUAUUAAGAAUUUAGAUGCCAAGUUGGGUUACGACAGAGAUAUAAAUUGGACUAAGGCCCAUGAGGACGAGAAUUUACCUGAAGAGACAGAACAUGUUGGAUUAUAUAAACCAAAGAUAAAUAUGACCUCGUUGGUAGGUUGUGAUGUGGGACCGCUUAUCAUUCAUCAAUUCUGUGAACGGCUAACCCUAUCUGACGGCACAUUGGAAUCCAUUUAUUCUAAUAUGGACGAGAGUAGCAUUAUGGAAUCAUUACCUUGA